UGGUCAGCACUCAGUCCCGCACCACAACUCGAAUCCAACUCUCACACAACCACGGCCGGCAGAGAAGCUCCGACCACCGCAUACACCUACCCAGCGCCCAGCGGCGACCACCGCAUCCUCCGAGCCCGGCGGGGGAUCUCCUCGCUGGCGCGCCUCCACCCCCAACGAAACCAGCUCCCAUAGGCAUGGAGAGAAGGGACCCAACCGGCGGCCUGAAACCCUAACCCGAGCGGUCUGUGACAUCCCCGACGCGGCCGCCGCCGUCGCACCUCGUCCGGCCGCGGUACGACCUCCGCGCCGCCCCCAAGAUCCCCCCGCAGCAGCGAGCUCUUCCCUGAAGCCCGGCCUCCCCGACGGCUCUGCGUGUUCUUGCCUUGCGACGCCCCCUCUCCUCCAUCGCUGACGGAGACUUCACACCCUCUCCUCCAUCGCUGACGGAGACUUCACAGAACUGCAAGGACUACGCAUAUGAUUGUCAGACUAGUUUAUUUGAUGUGGACAGAGUGAGAUCGGAACUUGCAAGAAAUGCGAGUGGCAGCCCCUGUUAUUUCCAACGUUUCCAUCCAUGGACAUCUCUGCUGACUGAACUGAUCUUUCAAAGACUCCUGUGGUUGUUGUUUUAUGUGCUGUGAAGUCCAUUUUGGAUAUAGCUCAGACACACCAUUACAUGGCUUGUUGCGGCAACUCGUGAGGAUCAAGAGUUUGUUGUGGUAGCUGGGGAGCUGAUCCAGUUUGUUUCAACUGCCGAAUGUAACUGGAAAUCUACCUACUUCUGGCACCAGGAUCAAGGCUGCAGCCAAAUCAAAGAGACCAUUCGCAUCUGCCCCCAAAUCCCGCCAUGCUCCGUGCUCGCGAACCUUGCUCUCCAUGGUCUGACGGCCUCCCACCUGAGCUUCUCGACACCAUCCUCCGCUAUCUCACCUGCCUCGCUGACCGUGUCUACUUCGCUGCUGUCUGUCGUGUUUGGCGCUCUGCGGCGCAGGUCCAUAAAUCCCCGCAGUGCCAUCUCCCUUUGCUCCUUCUCCCAUCCCCUGCUGCACCCUCCUUCUUAAGCCUCCACUCUGGGGCUAUCCGCCGCCUACACCUCUCGGAGAGCGUUUGUGCCGCGCGCCUAUGCGGCUCCCAUGAGGGUGGUUGGGUCGUCCUCGCCUCGGACCAGUGGCGAGGGUACGCAGCGGUGAACCUCUGCUCUGGCGCCAUGGUUCCUCUCCCUGACAGGCUCAGGAUACCCAGCGCGCGUGGCAGGAUCGACACCACGUGCGAGCACCAUAUGGUCAUCCGCACUGUCACCUUUUCUGGCACGCCGUCAGCGGAGGGCUGCCUUGCUGCGGCGCACGUCUCCAGUGCUUCCAAUAUAGCGUUCUGGCGGAUGGGGAUGGAACGAUACUGGCUUGCAUCCAGGCGCGAUGUGGUGGACGUGAUCCAGGACAUAAUCUAUUACAAGGAAGGUUUCCAUGUCCUCUCCAGCACAGAGGAUGUUGUGGUGUACGCUCCCAAGGGUGACCUUCUGGGGAUGUCUCAUAUCUCCUAUCUGAUACAGAAGCGCACUGACUACAAGCCUGAUAGGCUCCUGCCCAAGGGUCACAGCGUGUCCCGCUAUCUGGUGGAGUCCCGUGGAAAGCUGCUAAUGGUCCUGCGGCUCUUUGGGCCCAAGCAGCAACAGCACUUCAGGAUCUUUGAGAUGAACCCUAGUGGCGGUGGGGGCACUUACUGGGUGGAGCUGCACGCGCUUCCUGGUCGGGCGCUCUUACUUGGCCGAGGGUGCUCCAGGGCCUUUGAGGUGUCUCAGUUUGACACGCUCCCGGUGGGUAACAUCUAUUACCUGGACGAUGCAAGCUUCAACCUAUCCUUGGCGUGGAGCAACGGGAGUAGGUAUCCCACCACUUUCAUGGGCGUGUACGACUUUCACAAAACACACAAUGCGAUGAGGCACUUUCCGCGUGAAUCUACUUCAGAGUGCUCUCUUCCAAUCUGGUUUAUACCCUGAAUCAAUAUACAGUUUUGGGGCGGAUUUGGCAAGUCUGGCAUUAUUUGGAGUAUGUUAAAUGAUGCCAGUCGCUGUAUUUUCAUUCAGAAUAAGAAAGUACUGUAACAAAUGUAUGGCAUGUUGGAAACAUCAAUCGAUUAUGUAUUGUGUCACCAGAACAUUGUUAGGAGUAUGUUUAAUCCUUUCUGGCA